UUCAUAAGAAAAAUAAAACCACACCACAAUGUACAAGGUUCUAGUCGCCGCUUGCAUUAUCUCUAUGGCCGCUGGUCAGUAUUAUUCUGGCUAUGGUCAUGGUCAAGGUCUUCUCCAAAACCACGGCAACAUCGGUUACAGAGCACCAGUAAUUGUACAGCCAGCGCAGUACACUGGACAUUAUGACAACCGUCAGGAUCACUAUGCUGCUCCACACUACUCGUUCGAGUACUCAGUAGCGGACUCCCACACCGGCGACAUCAAAUCACAACACGAGUCCCGCGAGGGCGACGUGGUCCGCGGCGCCUACAGCCUGCACGAGUCUGACGGCACCAUUAGAACUGUGGAAUACUCCGCUGAUGCGCACAAUGGAUUCAAUGCCGUAGUUCACCGUCAAGGACAUGCCACACACGCCGUACCCGUUCAUCACUAAUUCUGGCAGAAAUAGCGGACAUUAGCAAUAGACUUAAUUUAUGCUUAACGUUUAAUAAAA